GUUGUAGCCGCCAUCAGGCUCAAUUCGCAGCCUAGCCUUCUCAGCCAACAGUAUUAUGCUUUCCUUUAAAAUGUAAAUUGAGUAAGGAGUAAGUCAAGUUCUCGCCGCUUCCAUAUGCCAUUCCAUUGCUGUACUGCUAUUAUUGUACAACACUCUCUCUCAGUCUAGAAACAUCCAUCUAAAGCAGCAUGGGUUCGAAGGACCCGCUGCAGGACUUCAUCAACGGCGUCAGCCUGGGUAGGAUGGCUGUUGAUGAGAGUCGUGACCGCUUGAUCUGCGGGUUAGACUUUGGCACGACUUAUAGUGGCAUCGCUUACGCGUUCUCAACAAAAUCGGACCAAAUUUACUCAAUCACGGAAUGGCCUGGGGCACAAGGUCGCAGUGUACCCAAAGCGCCGACAGUGUUGAAGUACAGCUCCAAAGACGAGUUCAAGUGGGGUUACGAACUCGACAAGUCCUCAGAAGAGAAGAUCGUGGGGAUCAAGUUGCUACUGGAUCCUGAUCAGGAACGGCCUCUGUUUGACUCUGCGGGGUCAAUAGCCACGAAGGCAGAACUAAAGAAACUCGGAAAGCCACCCAUCGAAGUUGCAUCUGACUACAUUGCAGCAAUGUACAAGCACGCCAUGACAAAAAUUGCGGGUACUCUUCCAGCCGAGUACUUUGAGAUGUUGGAAAAGCAGUUCGUGUUAUCUGUACCUGCUGUUUGGUCAGACAAGGCCAAGGACACGACCAUGAAGGCUGCAAAGAAUGCUGGAAUCACUCCACUUACGCUUAUCAAAGAACCUGAAGCAGCUGCACUCUUUACAUUCAGACAGCUAAAGAACAAAGGUCUUUCGAAGGGAGAUGCAAUUACGAUAUGUGACGCUGGCGGGGGCACGGUUGACCUUGUGUCCUACGAGGUUGUUGAAUUAGAUCCAUUGGAGCUAAAGGAACUCGUGCCAUCAUCAGGUGGUAUUGCUGGAUCGAUGAUGAUCAACCGAAGGUUUGAGGAGUUUGUGAAGAAUACCGUUGGCGAGCGCGUUCACAUCGAUCUUAAGGAGAGCGAUGCUUGGCGACGUGGCAUGAAGACCUUCGACGAGCAGGUCAAACCCGGCUUCUGUGGUCGUGAAGACGACAACCAGUUUGUCAGCUUUCCAAUGGCGAACAUACCUGACGAUCCAAACCGUGGAAUCAAGGGCAGUACCCUAACUCUGACUGCAAACGAUCUUUUCGGCAUAUUUGAUCCUGUGUUUAGAGAGAUCGAUAAGCUGGUUGCAGAGCAGAUCAACAAAGUGCGCAUCAAGCGUCUGGAAGAAAAUCACGCCAAGGGAUCAAAAAUCAAAGCCAUUUUCCUUGUUGGAGGCUUCGGAUCUAGUCUGUUUCUAAAAGACUCAAUUGAAAAGGCCCACCCCGACAUCCAAGUCAUCCAACCGGAGAAUGCAUGGUCAGCAAUUGUCCAAGGCGCCGUUUUGAGCAAACUUCCUCGGCAGGCAAACGUUGUGAGCAGCGUAGCGGAGAGUCAUUACGGGGUAGCUGCAGGCACUCACUAUGAUGUUUUGCGCGACAGUGGACACGAAGAAUUCGUAUACCGCGACGAGUGGGAAGAAGUUGACCGGAUAUCCCAAAUGACGUGGUACAUCAACAAAGGCGACGAUCUCGAAAGAACACGAAGUAUCGGGUUUCCCUUCAUUACCCAAGUAUCAAUGAAUCCCACGAAGGAGGAACUGAAUGUCACUUACACGUUGAUGAUGUGCACACAAGAUUCGGCCCCAGGUUAUCCGGAGACAGAUACCGUAAAGACGUGCUGCAAGCUGAACAUUGACCUCAGUGAAGUUCCCAAAGAGCAUUACAAGACGAAGAAAAGGGUGUCAGAUGGUCAACCGUACUCCGUGGUGACGUACAAGCUACUGGUAAAGAUUGAAGGCGCUAGGAUGAUUUUCUCUUUCCAAUGCGCAGACAAGGAAUAUGGUGCUGUCAAUGCUGAGUACUAAGAGGCUUGGUUCGCAAGCAAAUUUUUGGACAGACUUCCUUUCGGAAAACAGCGUCAUUACUGCAUGUAUGUAGUACCUACCAAAUUUACAAUCUCAUAAUAAUGAUGAUGAGUAGGUUGUUGACCCUAUCUCUUAUUCAACGUUAAGUCUAGAAUGCCCUAUUUUUCAUGCAAUGUAAUAUUUGC